ACACCCGCCCCUUCCCCGUGCAUGAGUGCGUGUGUGUGUCAGGUGUGACCUUCACUGAGGUCAGAGGUGGCGUGUCCAAGUGAGCCUGACGGACUUAAUGUGACGUCACAGGGUUAAACAACACCUUAAGAGUUUUUCAGGUCUGAAUGUGCUACACUGCUCUGUGUUAGUGUGUCUGUGUGCUUGUGUGUGUGUCUUUGUGUUUCUGUGUGUGCGUGUGUGUAUGCGAGAGAUGCUGAAGAUAAAAUAACUCUUUAUUGUCAUUGCACACUCAUACCUUGUACAAUAGUACAAUGAAAUUGGAAACUCCCACGUCAGCACAACUAAAGACAACACAUUUACUUAAAGUUGAUUUUUUUCAAAGUGCAAGGGACCCAGACAGUGGCACGCGUGCGCCCCUGUAGGAGCUGCAGUUCCUCUGAUGUCCCCCAGACGCUCCAGCAGUGAGCGAUAGAAGAGGCUCCUCCUCAAACAGAGGAGCUUCAUCAGCUCUUUUAGUGAAUGAACCUGCACCCCUGCUCUGUUCUAAAACAUCAACCAAUAACAGUGCACGAGAAUCAGGAAGGCUCUACCUUGUGGCAUUAUCCAGCACUUCGAUAUUAAGUACUUACUGAGCUAAAGCAACAGGAGUAUCGGUAACACAGCAGCAGCAAUGGACUUGGCCGACCACAGAUAUAUAUAUUUCAUCUUCUAUCACCACAGCGGAUCCUCUGCUCAAGGUCACGGUGAAGUUCCUCUGACCUUCUCUGAACCUCUUCAAGACAUCCUCCAUCCUGUCGCAUAUUAAUAAGUUUACGGGGUCAUGGAGGUGUCGUCGCACAGCCUCUUCCUGCUGCAGCAGCUCAACGUGCAGAGGGAAUUUGGUUUCCUGUGUGACUGCACCGUCGCCAUCGGAAACGUCUACUUCAAAGCUCACCGCGCUGUGCUGGCUGCCUUCUCCAACUACUUCAAGAUGAUCUUCAUCCACCAGUCCAGCGAGUGUAUAAAGAUCCAGCCCACGGACAUCCAGCCGGACGUCUUCAGCUACCUGUUGCACAUCAUGUACACCGGUAUGUGUCCCAAACAGCCGGUGGACCAGAGCCGGCUGCAGGAGGGCAUUAAGUUCCUUCACGCCUACCAGCUGUGCCGCAAAACUGGUGAGGGUGCUGCUGAGACUGCCAACAACGUGGUCCGCAUGUCCAACCUCUAUGGCAUUCAGAUCUCUUCCCAGCUGGCCAGCAAGGAGGGACCCGGAGUCCCCAAGACCACCACGAUGUCCCGUGGGGCCGAGGAUGGGCGGUCCUCUGACCGAGGGGCCCAGUCUCACUCCCAGCUGUCCCUUGCUGUCGGACUGGAGGGGGUAUCAUCGGACCAUCAGGCCUCAGCGCUACGUUGCUCUGUGGCAUCCGGAGACGAUUCUGACAUCUCAACUACCCGUAUCAAGCAGGAACGCUUAGAGGAGGAGGAGGACGGCGAGGAGGGUCCAGGUGCAGGGUCUCCAAUUCAGGACAGCAGUCCCAUUCAGGGCCUCCUGUUCAAAGACCGGCCACUAGUGCUGCUCUGUCCCCGCUGUGGAGAGCGCUGCUCCUCCCCAGAGGGCCUGCGGGAGCACCUAUUCAGCCAUGCCCUCGACCCCGCCCGUCUCAUGGAGGGGCUGUCACAGGGCGGUGAGCUGGAAGCCGGCCUAGAGGAGGGUCCUCCAGGAACCCAGGAGCAGCUGGAUGCAGGAUGUUUGGAGGAAGCUCUGAGACAGAGCCAGGCGCUAGCCAACCAGCUGGCUGCUGAGCUGAGGCGGAGCCGAGGAGGUGGUGGGAGUGGAGGAGGGGGGAGUAGCCCUGCUCCCUCCCUGCACUCACGCAAACGUAAGAUUGCCUGCGCCGUCUGCAGCCUACGCUUCUCCCACAAGAGCCAGCUGCAGGAGCACAUGUACACCCACACAGGCAAGCCGUCCCGCUACCACCGCUACAAUCGCCUCUGCAGCCAGCUCUUCCAGGCCUCCGCCCACUUCUGCGACAGUGCUGCUGAGCCUGGGGGGGGGGCUGGGGGUGGAGCCUCAGUGGGCACCCCCAUAGCUCUCUCUGAGGAGCCCAACAGGGACACUCAGGACAAUGGCAGCUCCUGCUACUCCCUGGACUCUGAGAUCUCCCAGGAGAGUGUGGACGGCGUUCCGGUUGAGUGAUGCCAUCUGUUAUGAGGGAUGUGAUUGGACGGAAUAGUAAUUUCUGCAGGUGGUGGUGUUCUGAGUGUUUGGUCUGUACCUGUUUGGGAGUGUCUGUGUUUAAUCCAGUGAUGUGAUCAUGAGGUGCUGAGGUCAGCAGGUCGGACUGUUUGAUGCUCAGAAACGUCGGCAAAACCUGACUGAUUGAUGAUUAAUAAUUAAUUGAUUGGGAACUGUUUCUCCGGUUUGAAACAUUUGCUGAUUUGUGCAUGUUGAACAAGUUUCUGGACUCUGAUUACAUGAUUCGUUUCGAUUAAUCAGCAGAUCAAUCAGAGAUUAAUGAUACGUCAGUACUUUGACUAAUGUCACCUCCUGUCAUUCCUGUCACUGCUUUGUAUUUCCUUCUCUGAAAUUGAGCCGGCAGAGACUCUAAACCUGAAAGCAGCCAACACUGAAGCCCAUGCGAGUCUGAGAGGACUGUGAGGAAGAGGAGACAGUGAGCACUGUGAUGUCAGAGCGAUCUGUGAUGUCAGAACCUUUCUGUGGAUGCACUGACAUGUGCAAACAACAAAAAGCGAACUACUCAGAUUUCUGUCAUUUGGUGUCAGAGUGUCGUAUAUACAAGGUGUAAUCUACAAGUUAUGAGAACAGGUCCAAACCAAAAACUGGAUUUAAAUCUGGCAGAUGUCACAUUCAGGAUCAUCUUCCCCUGGUUUUUGGAUCUCUCAGUGGAAAUCCUGUCAGUUCUCCUUCCAGUUUUAUUUUUUUACCCACGUUUUCUUUCCCUCCAUCUUGCCACACAGGUUUAGGACUAAAAUGUACAGCAGUAAACCCUCUCAGUGACAAAUAACGAGUAAGCACCUUACAUGUAAAGUUUGAGUUUUUGAUUUUCAUUUUUGUCAAUGUUCAUAGUCAGAAAGAGAGUACGAGGCUUCUUGUUUCUGUCCUUUUAGUGUUGUCCACGAAGAAACAAAACUACAGUGCAGACUUCAGUAAAUAACAGCUUGAAACGUUCAGAUUUUGCUUUUGAAUGCUACACAGAGAUUUGAGAAGAUCCCGAGUACCCUGAAAAGGAGUGACACCCUCAGAGGUUUGAAUGGAUAUCUGCCAGUGCAGUGAAUUUACACCCAGCUAACAGUCAACAGGACAAGGAGAAGAAGGCAGCAGCUACAGAAACAUACUGGCAGAAAUGACCUGAAGCCACCUGGGUUCUCGGACCUCUGCAGGUUCAAUAGUGAAUAGUGAUGACCUGUCAUUGAGAUUAGCUGGGGUUAAACCAGGUUUUUAUUGGACCUCUUCGCUGAAGCUGCUCACACCCACUAACCUCAGUAUGCAGCACCAAAGACACAGAGGAAGAGCUAACGGUUCAGGUCAAAGCCACGACCUAACGUCAGUCAUCUUCUGCCAAACUGAGCAGAUCCGAAAGCUCUUAACUUCAUCCUGCCUCUGUUCUGCUUUUCUUUAGUUUCUGCUAAAGAGCUUACAGCGUGAGAUGUUGCAUUUCACCGAGGUAAAAAUUAGUCCCUGUAGAAAAAUCUCUGAUUGAGGUGUUGCCCCUCAGCGGGCUUCCAGAAGCUGUUCAAUCAGGAUGAAGUGAGCUCACACACAGAUGGGAGGAUUACACUGAGGGUGCUCUUACAUGGAGCAGCUGAUGGUUUAACUUCAUUUAAAGGAUCAUUCCACAGUUUCUUCCAUCUGACUCGAACAAAGGCAAGCACAAAAAAAGACAGAAAGGACAGAUGGGAAAAUAAACGUGUCCCAAUCUGUGGGUCAGGACUCUUGUGGUUCCCAGCCUACGCCCACAGGGGCACAUUUUUUAUUUACAUUUUUAAAUAAAGUUUUAAAAAUAUUCAAUCUUUUUUAUAUUUAUCAUAAAACUGUGAAAAACUAAAAUCUUUUAACAGUCUAAAAAUCAAAAGCCAACAAAAAAGCACGAUCUGAAUUUUAUUUUAAAAAAGUUACUGCCAGCGUUUGAUAUAUUUUGUUGGAAUGCCCUAUUAACUUUUACAUUUUAUUUUGAAAUGGUUAUGCUCCUAUAUGUUCUAAACGUUUUAUUUUGAAGGAGUCAUAGUUUAGUGCAUUUGAUAUACAUUUAUUUUGAAGGAGUGACAUUCUGU